CUUGUUUAUUAGUCAUUCACGAAAUGAUAGUUCCUGUCUAAACUCCAACCACAGCUUUCCUGUAACAUCUUGCACACAACGUUCUACUUUCUCUCUUUGCCUACAGUAUUGCUACAGUGUGGAGUUGCCACACUGCUCGGACACAUCUUAGUCCUUAAGUGACUUGAACAUGGAUUUACUACAUGUACUGCAGACUAACAUUUUGUCCAUAAUAAUGGCUAUAGUGGUUAUUAUUUUACUUUGGAAGUACAUGGGGAAACAGAGCAGCUAUGGCCGUUUGCCUCCGGGUCCUUCACCAAUUCCUCUGCUUGGUAACUUGUUACAAAUGGAUCUGAAACGACCGGACAAGUCCUACAUGAAGCUCAGUAAGACAUAUGGCUCAGUGUUUACUGUAUGGCUGGGCUCCAAACCUGUAGUGGUGAUCUCUGGCUAUCAGGCUAUCAAGGAUGCUUUUUUCAACCAAGGAGAAGAGUUCAAUGGAAGAGCCAACUCUGCCAUUACCCUGAAACUCGUUAAUGAACAUGGGGUGGGAUUGAGUAAUGGGCAGAGGUGGAAAACUCUUCGCAGUUUCUCCUCGAUGUCCCUGAAAAACCUUGGAAAAGGAUGCAGGAGCCUCGAGGAGAGGGUCCAAGAGGAAGCUAGGAGUCUAGUGAAAGCCUUCAGUGAAUAUGGAGAUUCCACUGUCAACCCCAAAGAACUCCUGUUCCAUUCUAUUAUCAACCUAUUCUGGUCCAUCGUCUUUGGGCGCAAGUUUGAAUACAACGACCCAGAGUUUCAGAUCCUCUACAAGCCUGUCUAUACAUACUUCGACAUGCUAAAAAGCAAAAUGGCAAUGCUGUACAACAUUUCCCCGAGAAUUGUUGAGUGCUUUCCAGGAAAACACCACAAGCUGUUUAAGGCCAUAGACAAGGCCAAAGCUUACAUACGAGAGGAAGCAGAUCGUCGCCUUAAAAACAUGGACACCUUUAACCCCAAGGACUACUUCGACGUCUUCCUGGUUAAAAUGCUGGAGGAGAAGGGUCAGCCCGAGACCGAGUUCAACUAUGACAACUUGUUUCCGUGUGUGUGGGAUCUGUUUGCUGCCGGCACGGAGACCCAGUCCUCCACCCUAUCACACGCCUGUCUGAUGAUGAUCAAGUACCCUGACAUCCAAGAGAAAGUUCAGAAGGAGAUAGACGAGGUGAUUGGCUCAAACAGAGUCCCCACAGUUGACGACAGACAUAAGAUGCCAUACACGGACGCUGUCAUCCACGAAAUCCAGAGAAGUAUGAGUCUUGCUCCCAUUGCUUUCCCUCACCAAAUGACCCGAGACACAACGUUCCACAACUACCGCAUCCCAAAGGGAACCACAGUGUUUCCACUGUUGUCAUCUGUGCUGUUUGACCCCAAACUGUUCAAGAACCCGGAUGAGUUUGACCCAGAGAACUUCCUGGAUGACAAUGGAGUCUUUAAGGAAAACAACGGAUUUCUUGUUUUUGGACUGGGGAAGCGGUGCUGCCUGGGAGAUGAGAUGGGGAUUCCCAGGACGGUGCUCUUCCUAUUCUUUACUUCCCUUCUUCAGCGCUUCACCUUCAGGGGCACCAAACCUCCAGAGGAAAUUGACGCCAGUGUAGUUUCCUACUUUCAUGGUCGCCUGGCGCGCCCCUACACCUGCUAUGUCAAACUCAGGACACCAAAUAUUUAAUUGCUCAAACAGCUUUUAAUCUGGAUGAAAUUCAAUGUGAUUCACUUUCUGAAUAAAGGAAGGUCAACAGCAAA